GCCGGGCUGCCCUCCGGAGUAGCCAUGUUUCACGGUUCUGGGCCCCCCGUACACUCCGGGGGAACCGUAAUUGGCAGUCCUGGUUCUAGCCAGCCCUCUGGAGGGACAGCAGUCCUCAGUUCCGGCCUCAACCGGCAUCCUGGGUCCGGUACACACCCUGGCGGGCUUAAUCCCCCCUUCCCUGGAACCAAUGUAUCCGGGACGUCCAACCUGGGGUCCGGGGGGCCUGGGGUGUACAACUCGGGAUACAUUCCGCACUCCGGGUCAACUUGCAUGCACCCCGACAAACCCUGUGAGGACCGGCCCCGGAGCAUACUAAAAAACAGCAGCUCCACCGUGGUGCACAAAUCCCUCAGGGCGGAGAGAAGGAAAAAGUCUCAGCGCUGGGAUGAAAUGAAUAUUCUGGCGACCUACCACCCUGCUGACAAGGACUAUGGAUUUAUGAAGGUGGAUGAGCCCCGCACUCCCUACCACAGGCUGCAGGACAGCGAUGAAGACCUGCUCGCGGGAACCUCUCACACAAUGACUCCUGAGGAUCUAGCAGAGAGGUUUGCAACAAUGGACAAUUUCUGCCCCAAGGUCUUCCUGUACAGUGACAACAGAAGCUCAGGGUCUUCAGACAACUUUUCCAAGACACGUGAGAUGUGGGGUGGGGAUUGAGUGGAAAGGGGGGUGGCCUGAGCCUUCAGCGAGAGCCUGGCAGGAAAGCCAAGCUCUGACCCUGGCCCACAGAAUCCAGUGAUUUUGAAAAGCGCCGCAAGGCACACUACAAUGAAGGAAAGUUCCUCAAAGCUCCGAAAAACCUGCCCUUGGAUAAUAACAAGAACAGCAGUGCGCGUAGUGUCAGUAUGAGCAGUGGCAGUCGAGGUGUGAUG